CACAUUUCCCAUCAGCCGUCAGCCCUAUCUUUGCUCUUGCUCCAAGCUGUUAAAUUUGUGCGUGGAUGUCAUAAAUAUUUUUCUGCGAUCUCAAUUGCACCACCAUUGAGAAUACCUCAUUUUGGACAUUCGCUUGUUUCUUGGUAAAUAUCAUUACUAUUCCAAUUAAGAACAUAAAUCCUUACAAAUGAUGUCGUGUCGAAAAUGAAAUUUGUUGAUGGAGGAUUUCGUGUGUGGCCUUGAAGAAACUUGAAAAUGUGAUACUUUGUUGUUGGAAGACAUGCCCUUUUUGGAGCAAUAUAUUUGUUGUUUUGGUAUUUGUAACAUGAUAUGAAAUGUUUUCAUUGAGGAUUGUCAAUGUAGAUCACUACAUGUGCCCGCCCAAAUCAGGGCUAGACUUAACCUACUCUCAGUUCAGAGGAUCCCAAAUUAAAAGUGUACCAGUGUUCAGAGUUUUUGGCUCCACUCCUUCAGGUAACAAGACCUGCCUACACGUCCAUGGGGUCUUCCCCUACAUUCUGGUGCCGUAUGGUGGGGAAGAGGACGCAGGGAGACUUAUGUAUCAGUUGGCGUCAAGUUUGGACAAAGCCAUCAACAUAUCUCAAAACACCUCCCAUUCUAGUAGACAACAUGUGUUCAAAAUUGUCCAGGUUUCUGGCAGGCCAUUUUACGGUUACCACAGCAAAGACCAUCAAUUCUUUAAAAUAUUUUUCUACAAUCCAUUAGUUGUGAAAAGAGCGUGUGAUUUAUUACAGAACGGAGCCGUUUGUGGGACCAAGUUUCAGAUCCACGAGGGUCAUGUGCCUUUUACUCUCCAGUUCUUCAUCGACUACAACUUGUAUGGAAUGAGUUUCAUCAAUGUUAAAAGUGUAGUUUACCGCAAAGACGCAAGCCCUCCCGGGAUUACCUCUGGAACUUUACUGAAGGAGAGUUGUUGCGAGUUGGAGGCUGACGCAGUAGCAGUCGACAUCCUCAACAGACUUACUAUUGAAGGCGAGCUUGCCGUAAACCCGGGUCUAGCAGCCAUCUGGAAGGAGGAGAAGCAGAGACUGAAGAGGGAUGCGUUGGACGUCUCCCAGCGACCCGAACCUCCAUUGGCCAUGAGCGAGGUUCUUCUAAGAGAGAAACUCAGGGAAAACCUCAAAUACCAGGGCAAGUGUAAAACUCCAUUAAAGGAAAAGAUACCGUAUCCUGUGGAGACCCAGAGGUCAAGUGGUAGUGACAUCUUGGACGCCUCGGUUCUCAACACACAUUCACUCUCAUCUCUGGCUUUGUCCAUGCCAGACCCAGCCGAAGAGACAACCAUCAUCGAUGAAGAACUUGUAUUUAAUCUCACACAAAGCUCUUUAUUAUCCAGCUCGAUGGAUCAAUCUCUUAUGAUGGCAUUGGACAAUCUAGCAGCCCAGAAUGAGAUAAAUGCUGCCGUGUCUCAAAAUGUGGAAGACGACAGCAUCCUUGGAUCUCAGAUAUUACCUGAGCAAGACAUGUUUGGACAUGACAUCAGUGACGUAGAGUUAGAAGCACUGAAAUACAGUCUACCUCCGGAUUUGGCUCUAGAGGAAAAUUCUGAUGAUGAUAUUAUUGGAUCCGAUGUGAGUUUCGAUGAGAAAAUCCCACAGUUGGAUGGUGUUGGCGAUUUUGGCAGUAAGAAAAAAACCAAGCAAAAUAGAAGAAGAAGAAGAGUUCUGGUUGAAAAUGCUGCCACAGAAAUGUAUCCCAUGUCAGACGGAGAGGAAAUCUUAAUGAGCUCUGGCCCUCUAAAAGAUGAUUUCUGGCCAGAAUCUGAAAAACAAGAAACUCUAGAGGAAAUAUUCAGCGACGAAGAGCCGUAUAACAGUCCGGUGAACAAUAUUGAGGACAGCUGCGUGUCAGUGGAUAUCGGCACAAUGAACGUAGAUAUAAUCAGCAGUUUUGAAACUGUAUUGAGAGGAGAUCCUUCCUUUGUGUCAGGCGAUUUAGCUUCGGAGGAUGUUAUGUUUCAACCUCUUAGUGUGGAGGACGACUGUGAAAAGAAAAGUGAGAAUUUAGAUGAGAAGAAACUUGUUGACAAAAACAGUAAUUUCGACUCGGUGCCUUCAUUGAACAACUCACUUGAUCCGACGGACAUGUUGGCCACUAAUGGGGAUGAGUUGCUGAAUACUUCACAGCUGGAUGAGAUUCUAAAUGAAGACUUGAACAAAGGACUUCAAAGUAUUUGUGAGAAGAGUCCAACUCUAGAAUAUGAACUAGAGAGACCUGAAGAUUCUCCUUGUCGUUUCAAUACAGAUCAAGAAAUGCUCCCAGGAAAUAUAGAUUCACUUGUUGAGUAUUUGGAUACCGUUGGCAUUGAAGAUUCCGAAAAUGGAUCAGUUGGGGAAGUUACUGACAGUAUUGAAGAUGUCGGAGAAGCAAAUUUACAAAAUCAGAAAACAUUAGAUGAAUUUGAAAUUAUAGAACUGAACCCUUUUGAUAAUGUUCUUGAAAAUAAAACUUUGACACCAAUUGAAACAAUACAACCAGAAUUGAACAAUGAAAAUACUCCAGUGAAACACCAGAAGGGAAUAACUAGUUCUAUUUCCCCCCCAAAAAAGGAAAUAAAUACUUCUCAACACACAAGACCAAAGAAAAAAACAUACAUCAGAUGGACAAAGAAGAAAAAUAGUUUUCCAGGUUGUAACUUUCCUUCUUUUCAUAUGAGUCGGAAAGAGAUUGAGAAAUAUUUCUCCCAGUUGGAUUCUGUCAAAAACUACCUAACGUCAAAAACAGAUUUUGAAGGCUCACAUCCCAUACUGUGGUGUCCUUUGAGGGAAAAUCCUAACAUAGAAAACAAGGGACAAAAAAUACAAACUAAAUCUAAAGCUAAAGCUUCUAAAAACACUACCAAAAAGUCUAAACUAUCUUAUAGCAAACAAAACGAGGAAUCAAAAGUACAAACAAACUCUAAAGCUAAAGCUUCUAAAGGUCUAAAGGCCAUAAAGUCUAAAUUAUCUUAUAGCAAACAAAACGAGGAAUCAAAAGUACAAACAAACUCUAAAGCUAAAGCUUCUAAAGGUACCACCAUAAAGUCUAAAUUAUCUUAUAGCAAAGAAUUAAAAAAGAAACAUCAAAUAAACCGAAAAAUAAAGGAAAACCUGAAGAAGAAACUCAAAUGCUCAAAUGAAGAAAUAUUGAAAUUAAUGAGUUGUAAAGUUGUCCUGAAAAACUUGUCACUUAAUGAUAUUCAUUUCCUUUCAAAAAAUCCAACAAGAAAUUUGACCAAAAUCCAAACAGAUGCAUCCAACAAUAACUUGAAGAAACAAGUCCAGAAAAGUAAGUUAUCACAAAAUGCUAAAAAGCCAAAUAAAACCAAACUUUCUUUAUCGGCCAUAAAUUUGAAUAAGCAAGAAAGCCCUAUGAGAUCUAAAGAAAAGAAAUCUCCUAAAACUGCCAAAAGUUCAAACACAUCUGUGAAAACUUUAGUAAGUGGAGAUCUAUCAUCCCAAGAUGUAAAAGCCAAACCUAAAAAUACUAAUCAGAAAAAAACUGACUCCUCAAAAAAGGUGCCUACCCAUGUAACUAAAAGAGUAGAAGAUAUUGACAUAUUAAAGACAAAAACUGAAUUAUUUGAUGAAAAGAUAACUCAAUGUGAUAGAGUGCUUGUGAAAAAGAGCAAACUUGUAGAACUUCAUUCUCAAGUCAAGAGUAGCAAAAGUGGGAAAAAGAAGGAUAAAAGUGGCAAAAAUACACUUGAAACCCCUACCGAGGCACCUUGUGAGAAAAAAUUUGUAGAUUCUCAAGAAGACCAAAGCACUAGUAUUGAGUUUGAUAAGAAAUGUGUGAUAAAAUUGUUACCACUUGCUUAUGAAAAAUUAAUUGAAAUAAUAAGUGGGAACAUUGAUACGACCAGCAUAGCAUCAGACAAUAUCUCUGGCAACUCAUCUGUAACCCAGGGAAUCAGAGAGGCUUCAGAAGCUGUCAGUGAAGAUAAGACUUGUUACCCUCUGGUUAAGGUUGAAAAGCUAGUCAUUUCUAGUGGUGAGUCUGUCACUCAAAACAAAGAAACAGAUUCUAACACAAAAUGGGAAACUUCCAGUUUAAUAAACCCCAGUUACCCAGUUAUAUUACCUGGAGCAAAGUCACAAAACAAACCAAGUGAAAACCGUAAGAGGCAUUUGAGAAUUUAUUCUCUGGAUGGUACAGUAGAUAGCUCGUCCUCUGAUGAAAAUAUAGAAGAUAAACAGAGUACCAGUAAACCACAAGAGAAUCCUGUCUUGUACAGCACCCCGAACAAGCGAAGAAAAUCUAAAUCAUGUCGUUCGCCUAGAAAUUAUGUUCCUUUAAAUAUAGAAAUCAAAAAAUCACCCAAGAUGAAGCCAAAGAAUAAAACCAAUGAAAGCGAGUCAGCUUUAGAAAGGUUUUCUGAAAAUACCACUGGAGUUGCACCAGUAAAAAGUAAUGAUCCAGUUCUUGACAAAGAAGCAAAAUUAAAGUGUCUUGAGAAAAAGCUUUUGAAACCAUCAGUUUUAAUAGAAAGGUUACCAUUAACAAUAAACAAAUCUGGCAAUGCUGAGGUGGUGGACAUCAAUCAGCCUUCAACUUCUUCCUCUUCUCUUCACCCAGUAAAACGAUUGAAGGUCUUUGUGAAACGACUGUCACUGGAUACACCAGAAGACUCGCCAGAACAUGUAAGGGUGUCCCAGUUGAGGAGGAGAUUUCAACGAAGCUUCAGCCUCCCCGCCACUUCUGAAGAGAAAACCAGAUCUAAAAAGACGAACCUUGAGUCUAACGGUUCAUUAAUUGUAUCCAGAAGCAAAUAUGUUGAAGUAAAUACUCCUUUGACGGACAAAGGGACUAAAGUAAGAAAAUCUCUUAACUUUCCUGUGCAAGAAGAAACGCAUCGGGACAUUCCUAGUGCUUCGGUGCCUAAAAGAAAGCAAAUAACAGAACGUAAAAUAAGUACGGAUAUAUUUGAGGCUAGUAGUACUCCAGAAAGUCCUCCCGCACUGUCCAACCAUAGCGAAACUUCAUCUGACUUUUUUAGGUUAUCAGGCAUGACCAAAAGUAACACACCAGACUACGAGAGAGAUGAGAUGAUAAUCCCGCCCUCGCUAGAUAACACAAUUCUCACUCUCAAUCUUUCUGAAUGUGGUUCAGAAAACACAAGCCUCGAAGAUAUAGAUGGAGAUCCUCACUGUUUGGAAAACCUCACAAUAUUCACACCAGCCUUUUAUGCACCAUCACGAUCAGAAGUGUUAGCUAAACUGAGAGAUUACGGUUUACCUGAAGUAGUGAAUGAAGAACCGUUCUACAGUGACCCAGGUGAUGUUUCCAAAGCGUGCGAAGUCGGAAGCACUUUGUUAAAGCUGCAAAGCAAAUCGGUUGUUCACAUGGAAGAAUUUGAAGGAACUUUUGGUUCUAUCACCAAAUGGAGGAAGGAAUCAUCGAAAAUGUGUUACAAAGGUUCAUCACCAUCAAGAUCUAAUAGAGCGUUAAUUAUAACACCUUUGAAACCACCACCGUCACGAAUGCAGGCAAAAGAGUGGUUGAAAACAAAAGUAGUAAAGAAAAACGUAGAAGUUCCAGAGGUUAGGAAAAGUGUGAAAAUUACUUUACCUUCAAGUCCAGGGAACUCUGUUGACGGCGAUGACGACACAGAUAAUAGCUUGACGAUUUCUCAGUGUACACCGCUUUCUAAAACAUCCGUCGAUUCUGACUCAAGCAAUGUUCAAUCAGAAGCCACGCCUGAAGUAGUUUUGAGCAACACCUCUAAAACGAGUCCUUUGAUGGCAAGCACACCUGUAAAUAAUCCGUCGACAUCAUCUGUGUCCAAAAGAAGAUUUUCUCGGCCUUCCUCGGGAUUUCGAAAAUCCUUGCCAUUAAUCAAGGAAGAAAAUCUGAAUCUUGAAAAAAAACUUCACCAUGAUGUAAACUCUCAGACAGCCUCAGUCUCAGUAUCUGACAGUACUAAGCUGAUGUCAGAUUCAGGGAUACAAAGGUUACUUUCAGGACACGUCAGUCCAGCGUCCAUGAGUUGCCAGAUAGAUGCUGUGACUCCAGACAACUCUGGGAACUAUCGACUGGAGUUGGAGAAUCUACAGGAUGUCAAACUAGUACAAGAACACCAGUUUCUGACGAUACUCAGCAUGGAGCUGCAUAUUCACACUAGAGGAGAGUUGAAGCCUAAUCCUGAUCAUGACGCUAUAUGCUGUGUCUUCUACAACAUCACUAACGACUGUCCAGAUACCUCGAUAGCAAACAUAACUGGUGUUAUUUAUGUCAAAGACAAUGGUAAAGAGGAGAAGAUGCCCCAGUUUCGAUGUCAGCUUCAUGCUGUAGCCGAUGAACCUUCACUGAUUGCAGCUUUUGUAGCUCUUGUCAGGAAAUGGGAUCCUGAUAUAUUUGUCGGCUAUGAGAUAGAGCUGUUAUCUUGGGGCUACCUACUGCAGCGAGCCUACGUCCUCAACCUGAAUCUUGUGGUCGAGCUGUCGAGGGUAAGUCGACCAUUUGAGGGGCGCGCAGAGAGUGAGGCGAAGCAAGUGAGCGAUGAUGACUCAGAGAUACGCCUGACAGGACGUAUCGUACUCAACUUGUGGCGAUUCUUGAGACAUGAGGUUGCUCUUCAGAGUUACACAUUUGAAAAUAUGAUGUAUCAUGUGCUUCAUCAGAGAGUUCCUUUGUUCUCCUUUGGUACCCUCGCCUCGUGGUGGGCUCACAGGACCAAACUCUACAGGUGGUUGGUGUUGGACCACUACAUCACGCGAGUGGAGGGGACAGCGAAACUGAUGCGACACGUGGACCUUGUUGGCCGAACUAGUGAGUUUGCUCGACUGUUUGGAAUCCAGUUUUACGAAGUUCUUUCACGAGGCUCUCAGUUCAGGGUAGAGUCUAUGAUGCUCCGACUUGUCAAGCCGUUAAACUACGUGGCCGUCAGUCCAAGUGUGCAACAGAGAGCAAGGAUGAGGGCUCCGGAGAGUCUACCUCUCAUAAUGGAACCUCAGUCUAGAUUUUACACAGAUCCAGUUAUAGUUCUGGACUUCCAAAGCUUGUAUCCCUCGAUCAUCAUUGCAUACAACUACUGCUACUCAACUUGCCUGGGCAGAGUGGAACAUCUAGGACGAUCUGAGCUGUUUGAGUUUGGCUGUACCCAGCUGCGUGUGCCGGUCAGAGAGCUGUUGAGACUAAAGGGCAGUUUGAACUUCUCCCCGUGCGGAGUGGCGUUCAUCAACCAGUCCGUAGUGAGAGGAGUAAUGCCUCGUAUGUUGCAGGAGAUUCUCAACACCAGGCUAAUGGUUAAACAGUCAAUGAAAGAAAACAAAGAGAACAAGACGCUACAGAGAGUGCUGCACAAUCGCCAGCUGGGUCUAAAGUUGAUUGCCAACGUAACGUAUGGAUACACGGCUGCAAACUUCUCUGGGAGGAUGCCUUGCAUUGAGUUGGGAGACAGUGUGGUGAGCAAAGCGAGAGAAACGUUGGAGAGAGCCAUCAGUCUAGUCAGCAACAACAAUCAGUGGGGAGCACGAGUCAUUUACGGCGAUACAGACUCCAUGUUUGUGCUGGUGCCCGGCAAGUCUCGACAGGAAGCUUUCCGAAUCGGCGCGGAGAUUGCUGAAGCUGUGACAAACGACAACCCUCAACCUGUCAAACUCAAGUUGGAGAAGGUUUAUCAACCUUGCUUGCUACAGACCAAGAAAAGAUAUGUCGGCUACAUGUAUGAAAGUCCAAAUCAAGAAGAGCCAGUGUACGAUGCCAAAGGAAUUGAAACGGUCAGAAGAGAUGGUUGCCCCGCUGUUGCCAAAGUGUUAGAGAAGACGCUCAGACUGUUGUUUGAGACGAAGGACGUAAGUCUGGUGAAGCGUUACGUUUGUCGUCAGUUCACCAAGGUGAUGUCCGGGAGGAUCAGUGUGCAGGACCUGACGUUCGCCAGAGAGUACCGCGGCGCUGCUGGGUACCGUCCCGGUGCUUGUGUGCCUGCCCUAGAAUUGGCCAAGCAAGGUCGUGCUGUAGACCCCCGCAGUGAGCCCCGGGUGGGAGAGCGAGUGCCAUACGUGGUAGUGGCGGGGGCGCCAGGUCUACCCCUUAUACGGCUGGUACGUUCCCCGUCUGCAUUGCUACUAGACCCAGGACUGAGAGUCAACGCAGAGUACUACAUCACUAGGGUGAUUGCUCCUCCUCUGGACCGCUGCCUGUCCUUGCUUGGAGCUCAUGUCACAUCUUGGUACGCUGAGCUUCCUCGCAAGCAGCAUGUGUACCUCCCCAAUGUUGAGGGUCAGCGUGUGGGCAGCAAGAAGGCUACGAUCUCACAGUACUUUGUGACCAGCGGGUGUGUUGCGUGCGGGUGCAUGACAUCGCGCGGUGUGUGCGACCCGUGUCUGCUGCAACCUCAACAGCUGAGCGUCACCCUGAAUACACAGGUGCUCAACUGGGAGCGGAAAAUGGCUUUGGUAACAAAGAUUUGUCAGUCUUGCUGUGGCCGAAUGAGUGACAUAGAUUGCAUUUCGAUGGACUGUCCCACGCUGUAUCGUCUCUAUCAGGCUCGCAAAGACCUCCGACAAGCUGAUUAUGUCCGCAGCCUGCAGCAGGAGUUCCUUAGUUUCUAAACCAUACUUUCAAAUCCAUGGAAUUAAUUUUAAAUACCUAUUUUUAUGUAUAAAAAAUUUCUAAUGCACAAAAAAGUUUUAGAUCACUAAGAAAGAUGUCUACCAAAAACAUUGUAAAUGCUCAAGGUGACUCUCUUCCGAAGCAGGACUGUACAUGAUACAUUUUCUCCACUUGAGUUGCAAAGAGCUCCUUCCUAUAUUUAAGCUUGGAGUAGACAUUAGUAACAAAUGUUCGGAGGUCUGAUCUACAACGUGUUUUUGUGGCUUCAGUAGACACUUAAAAGAUCAAAGUUUAUAUUUUUAUGAAACUUUACACCUUUAUAUAAUGUUACGUAUCCACUGCUGAUGCAUCAAAAUAGGACAAAUGAUUUUUGUUCUUAGUAAGUUGUAUUUUUAUAUUUAAUCCUAAAAUUGUAAAAAGUGUAAAAUGUAUGUAAGCAAGUUUUGUUAUACUAUUUUAA